GGUCCCUCUGGUACCACUAAGCUCUCCAAGAAAUCUAAGGAGGCUGCCGCCAAGCCUGCUCCCAAGAAGGAGAAGGAGGGAGACAAGGAGACCAAGAAGGCCGCCCCGAAGAAGGAGAAGGACAGUGCUAAGAAGGCAACCACAACCAAGAAGCCAGCUGCAGCCAAGAAGGAGAAGGAGGCUAGUGAGAAGAAGCCUGCUGCUAAGAAGGCUGCCGCCCCCAAGAAAGCUGCCCCCAAGAAGGCUCCUGCCGCUAAGAAGGAGAAGGACGUAUGUCAGAACCCCGGCAUCCUUCCGAGUACCAAGCUAACUGACUGCCAGGCCCCUGCUGCUGCUGAGAAGCCUGCCGCGUUGGCAAAGACAAAGACUGGCCGUGUGUCCAAGGCGGCUGCUGCUAAGCCCGCUACUAAGAAGGCGGCGCCCAAGAAGGCAGCGGCACCCAAGAAAGAAAAGACACCAAAGAAGGAGGCGAAGGCCGAGGCUGCUACCUAGGGUCUUACCCGGCAUCGCACCUGGGCAGGCAAGACUGUGUGAAUUUGGUGUUUAUUUUUGUCUUAUGCGUGGAAUCGGUCCAACUGGCGUUUAGGGAAUCAGGGUAUAAAGAGAUGCGCGCAUGUGUAUUGUGUAUGGUUUCAUCAUGCAAGGGGUUUUGGGGGGCAUAUGUUUGGGUUGCUUGUUUUUUUUUCUGCUCUCAGGGAAUCGGGAGUGGUGGGUUGAACCUUUUCUACCCGAAAGGUUUUUACAUGAAUGGGUGCGGGGGGUGUUUGGCCACGACAAUGCUACUGCUACUCAUCGGCAAGGAAGGGAGGUUUUUGUUGUCGAUUGCUUUUGAGUGCGUGGGCGGGAAUUGCACAUAACUCUUACGGUCAUAACAUCAGACAGAGGGGUUUGACGAUUGACGAAAGAAAGCUACACACCCUGUAAUUAUACCAAUGACCAAAGGCGUUUUUACAUUGUUA